AUGAUGAUGAUGAUGAUGCGCCGUGUGAUGUGUGUGUUGGCCGUUGUGCUGUGCUGCGCCUGCGGGUAUACCAUGGCGGCUGCUGCUGUGAGUGACCCUACCUAUGACAUUGUACCAAACAGUGUUGAUAACUUAUUGCAAGGGUUUCCUGUUAUUACAAGAGAUGAACGUGAAAGAGCUGAUAAGUACCUGAAGUGUAUACAAGGAAAAAAUGAUACUGAGAAAGAAAAGUGUGCGCAGUCAUCAGAUCCUGAGAAGGAUCAGCCUGCCAAGACUCAACUACCACAGGUUCCCGAGACACGUCCAGAUGCAAGCGGUCAAUCCGUUGGAGGAAGCGGUCAUGGCACUUCAUCUCAUGUUCCUGCCGGUGGUUCCCAUGAACAUGGAGCAGGUACAGUGCAGCCUUCAACAGAUCAAAACACUAACAAGCCUACAACGAGUGAUUCUGCUCAAGACGGUGCUGCGAUUAAUGAUUGUCUCAACAGAGAAAAUCAAGUAACAGAAGGGAAUACAUCGACAACUGAUAAUGCUACACUUGGUGUCUCAACUGACUCUCCGGAUAGCACCAACCAAUCUCAAGUUUCAGGUACGACUGCACCUAAUUCUACUUCUGGCGCAGACUCACACGAAAUCAAUCCCACUACUCCGCCGAGCCCCGAGAACACUACCACAGAAGCACCAACCACCACUCCAUCUCUUGUACCCAAGCCAGAGAUCAGCAACACCAUUGCCUCUGCUGUAAAGAACAAUAAGGGUAAUGUUGACAGCAGUCUCAGUCCUGUGUGGAUGCAUACUGCAGCACCGCUGCUGAUUGUAGUGGUGUUGUUCUCCGCUACCCUGUACUGA